ACACAUAGAAGAAAAAUCUCAUUUGCAUUUUUUGUGAAAAUUUCAUUUAUAGCAAAUAACUCUCUUACUAUGGGAUGAUUCAUUGCUAUUUAUCUAUUUUCUUCUCUCACUCUCACUCACUCACUCAUUCAAUCUUUUCAUAAACUCAAAAGUUUCGUUAAUUCGAAUAAAACUUUUUUUUUCUUUUGAGAAGAUAAGGUCUGUGAGGGAAAAAAUAGAUUUUUUUUCAUUUUUUUUUUUUUGGUGAAUUUUGAAGAAAAAGAUAGAACAAAUUCAAGAAAGAUGUCAGCAGGGUCAUCAUCCGCCGUGUUUCUUGCAAUGAGAGAAGAAGAACAGAUGAAACAACAACAACAGCAACAACAACAACGCGAACUUCUUUUUCUCCAACAACAACAACAGCAUGGCGUACCGCCAUCCUCAUCAACAAUUCAAUCUCAACAAGUACCAACAAAAAAAAGAAGAAAUCAGCCAGGAACACCAAAUCCAGAUGCAGAAAUAAUAGCAUUAUCACCAAAGACCCUAAUGGCAACAAAUAGGUUUGUAUGUGAGGUAUGCAACAAAGGUUUUCAAAGGGAACAAAACCUCCAACUACACAGAAGAGGACACAAUUUGCCUUGGAAAUUAAAGCAGAAAAGUACAAAAGAGUGUAAAAGAAAAGUUUAUUUAUGUCCAGAGCCAAGUUGUGUACAUCAUGAACCAUCAAGAGCACUUGGUGAUCUUACUGGGAUUAAGAAACAUUAUUCAAGAAAACAUGGUGAGAAGAAGUAUAAGUGUGAGAAGUGUUCAAAGAAGUAUGCUGUACAGUCUGAUUGGAAAGCUCAUACUAAGACUUGCGGUACGCGCGAAUAUCGAUGUGAUUGUGGCACCCUUUUCUCCAGACGUGACAGCUUCAUCACUCAUAGAGCUUUUUGUGAUGCAUUGGCACAAGAAAGUGCUAGAAAUCCACCAAGUUUGAGCACCAUUGGGAGUCAUUUGUAUGGCAACAACAUGAGCUUAGGUGGCGGCGGCAGCCUCGCGAAAUUCAACUCCCAAAUGCCAGAUCAUCAGGACAUGCUGCAUUUCGGGAGUAGUAAUAACAGUAACAAGACUAUCACAAGUGGUGGGUCUCACCACCUCCACCAUCAUAAUCAUCAGUUUGACCACAACAACAACAACAACAAUCUCAUGGGCCCAUCAUCCGCCUUUCGCCCUUCUACCGCCUUCUUUCAGCUUCCAGCUGAUCAAACAAGUCAUCAAGAUUACGCGGGGGGUAAUAAGCAUCAUACAUCAUCAUCGUCUAUCCAGGGCUUAAUGCAACUACCCGAUCUCCACAACAACGCGAAUGUUGUUGCUCCUAGCUCUUCGAGUAUGUUCAACCUGAAUUUCUUCCAGAACAACAACAGCAACAACAAUAACAACAACAACAACAACAACGACGACGUCGUUGUUGAUAAUGACAACAACAAUAUUUCUGGUGGUCUUGGUGGAUUAUUACUUCCUAGUCCUCAUCAAUUUAGCAACAACAAUAGUGGUGAAGGUUCAAACAAUUCAUCAAACAUUUUCUCACCUAGUACCCUUCUAGGUCAUAACAUGAGUUCAUCAUUUCCCUCUCUUUAUGUCUCAUCAUCGAUACCCGCGCCACCUAUGUCCGCCACCGCCCUCCUCCAGAAGGCGGCUCAGAUGGGUUCUACUACUAGUUGCAACAAUAGUAGUACUAGUGCUUCAUUGCUCAAAGUCUUUGGCUCCGCGCCUGGCGCUGGUGCUAGUGUUGGUCUUGGUGGUUCGUCAUCCAGUGGCACGAAAUCCGAUCUUCACCCUCCACCACCUGUCAAUUUCGCUGGUGUUUACGGCCACGAAAACCCUAUGAACACUGGGAAUCAUCUUCAUGACCUAGUUGUCAAUGCUUAUGGUGCACAAGAACAACACCAAGAAUAUGGUGGAGUGAUUGGAGGAGGGUACAACAACAACAACAAGAUGAAUGGUUACAAUGAGCAGCCACCACAGAAGAAGCAAAUGAUUAAUAACAAUAAUUUUUCAAUGGAAAUUGGGAUGAGUGAAGAAGCUAAUAGGUUAACAAGAGAUUUUCUUGGAGUUGGUGAAAUUGUAAGAAGUAUGAAUGGUGGAGGAUCCAAUAAUAAUCCUUUUGGAGGUGGCAAUUUUCAGUGAAAAUAUAUCAAAGAGUAUUUAUAGUGUAUACUACUACUACAAAGUUUAGUGAAGAAGAAGAAGAAGAAAAAAAGGGAUAUAUGCAUCAAAAAGUACAGGGAUAUUCAAGAAAAGGUUUUACAAUGGAGUAGGCAGCUGUAGAAUGAAGAAGUUCUUGGAGAUUUUAGCUGGAAUUUAGAAAUACCUUUAUUUUAGAAAGUAAAAAAAUAAAACUUUGUGAAUUUUUUUUCUUUAUUUUCUUUAGUUGUUUAAUUACUUCUUGGGGGUAUUAACUGCACAAAAAUUUUAAAAUUGCCUUUGGUUAAAUUGAAAAUUGGAAAAUGUGCAAGUUUUUGGGCAUUUGAUGAUGAUAGAUUUAAAUAUAAUUGGUUGUUUAAUUA